AUGUCAAGUGAAGUGAUUGUUCCACAAAUUGAAGAGUUCGUUGCAAGCGACGCAUUUAAAGCUCCAAAUAGCACAACAAAAGUUUACAAAGACGAAUGUGCAUAUUGCUUCGCUAAUCCGCAUAUUAAAGAUGGUUUGUACAUAAGUUUGAAAACUUAUUAUUGCUUCUGUCGAGAGCAUGUUGGAACAUAUUCGGAAUUAAAUGGAGAUAACGUGUUUGUUCAACUUGUAUCGAAGAAACAUGUUUCGAAUGCCUCGCCACCAAGAGGUGUUGGUGAACCAACGAAUAAGAUUACGAAAUUAUCUAUUGAUGCACCAAAAAUUGAAUUUGAAGAUAACUAUUAUGUGGUGGUUUAUCCAGAUUUUGAAAAUAGAAUUGAUGCGAACUCAAUCACACUGGAACCACUCACAAAUGCGAUUCGAGUUAUAUCUUCAGCCACAAGUGCUGAAAGACUCGCCGCAUUAUCCUCAACAAGCAAUGCUUGGGAUGCCGAAAUCAAAUUGAUCACCAAACACGCGAAUCUCGAACAACUCAACAAUUCGAAAAUUCUCCCGAAUUCCGGAUGGCAAUGUGAAACCGAAGGUUGUGGGUUGACCGAGAAUUUGUGGUUGUGUUUAACUGAUGGAUCGGUGAGAUGCGGAAGAUCACAAUUCCUUUCCGAUGGUUUGAAAUCUGCUGGAAAUGGGCAUAUGCAAGAAUAUUACAAUGAAAAUAAGUGAGUUAGAGGGUUGUUGUUAAAAAUUAAAAAAAAAAAACCACAUUUUGUUUUUUUUUAGAUAUCCGCUGGUUGUUAAGCUAGGAACAAUUUGUGCUCAAUUAGAUGCAGCUGAUGUAUACAGUUAUGAUGAGGACGAUGCUGUUAUUGAUCCAAAUCUCGAUAAACAUCUCGCACAUUUCGGCCUCGAUCCUGCAAAACUCGAGAAAACAGUCAAAUCGACAAUUGAAAUGGAACUUGAUAUGAAUGAAAAAUGGGAAUGGGCACGUUGCCAAGAAGAUGGAGCAACUCUUGAGCCAAUCUAUGGACCCGGUUAUACUGGAUUGAUUAAUACUGGAAGCAGUUGUUAUAUGAAUUCGGUUCUUCAGGCUAUUCUUCAAAUUGAAAACUUCAGACGGCGAUAUGUUCAAGGAGCUUGGGAUAUUUUUACAAGUCAGAGUGUUGAGGAGGUAUUUUUCUAGUGAAGUUCUGAGAAUAAAAAAGUGUUUUUUUUCCAGCUCCACAAUAGUUUCAAUGCUCAAUUCGCCAAAGUGUUGUCUUCAAUGAUGAGUGGAAAAUUCGCAGAUGAGCAAAACAUCGAAACAAAUCAUAUCAAACCAUUGCAAUUCAAGAGGGUUACAGCUGGAAGUCACCCGGAAUUUUCGACGGCAAAACAGCAAGAUGUUGAAGAAUAUAUCCGGUUUCUUCUUGAAAAAGUGUCGGAAAAUACAGCGCCAGGAACACCGGAUCCAACAAAGGCGAUUAGAUUUGAAACUUGGAAUAGAUUUGAGGAUAUUGCUUCGAAGAAAGUUAGAUAUACGGAACAGGAAGAGGUUAUUGUGCAUUUGCCAAUCCCACAGAAUCUUCUUAAACCAAUCGAGGGAUCUGAAAAUCGGUAUAAAGUUGAUAUGGGACAAACUUUAGAUGCUUAUUUUGCUGAUCAAUUUGUUGAUGGAUACAAAAGUCCAAUUACUGGGGAAGUUAAAGGCGCAACGAAUACUUUGAGAUUCAAAACAUUUCCCGAUUAUUUGUUCAUUCAAGUUCAGAAAUUCGCCUAUUCAAAUGAUGGACAAAUGAAGAAAUUGGACAUUGAUUUUGAAAUUCAAGAACAAUUGGAUCUCUCGUUUUUCCGAGGAAAUGGAAAGGCUGAAAAUGAGGAAUUGUUGCCGGAAGAUGCGAAAGUUGAAAAACCCGUGGUUAUUCCGGAUAAUAUUCGAAAUGUUGCGGAACAAUUGAAGGGAAUGGGUUUCAGCGACAAUGCGUCGAUUAAAGCCGCUUUUGAGGCAAAGGGAAAUGUUGAGGUUGGUAAGAGGGAAAAAAUGGGAAUUUUGGGUCAGAAAAUUUAUGAUGGAUUUUUCGGCGUUGUAAAAAGUUUUCAUGAGUUUUGAUCCAAAAAUCGAUAAUUUCAGAUUUUUCAUCCAAAUUUUGGUUUUGAAAUUGAAAAAAAAUUGAUAAUAAAUUAUAUGAAAAUUUUGAAACGUAUUUUUUUUUGUUUUGAAAAAUUUUUUUUCAAAAAAUGACGAAGAUCUUAUUUGUUUUUCUAAGAAAAACUUUCAUCAGGAUUUUUUAUACAGUUAAAAAUUCAAAACUUUACAAAAAUUCUUAUAUAUUUUUAUUUCAAAUCAAUGUCUUUCUCCAACCAAAAAAAAUCACAUUUUUUUGCGUCAGAAAAAAAUUAAUGAAAUUUUUUCCGGCUUUGUGAAAAGUUUUCAUGGAUUUUGAUCCAAAAAUCGAUAAUUUCAGAAUUUUCAUCCAAAUUUUGGUUUUGAAAUUGAUCAAUUAAAAUAUUGAGAAAAAAGUUGAUAAUAAAUUAUAUGGAAAUUUUGAAACGUAUUAUUUUUUGUUUUUGAAAAAUUAGAAUUUUUGAGUCAAAAUUUGGCUGAAAAUUGAUGAAAUUUUGUGAUUUUUGUACAUUUUUGGAUUUUCUCGACGAAAAUCGAAAAUUUUCAGUUUCUGGACGCAAAAUUGCAGAUUUGAAAAAAUGACACUUUGAAGUUGGUAUUCAGAAAUUUCAUCAGGAUUUUUAAUAUAAAUUUUAAAAUUCAAAACUUCACAAAAAUUUCUGAUAUAUUUUUCAUUUCAAAUCAAUUUCUCUCUACAACAAAAAAAAUCACAUUUUUUUGCGUUAGAAAAAAAUUAAUGAAAAUUUUCGGCUUUGUAAUUUAUUUUCAUGAAUUUUUAUCCAAAUUUUGGUUUUGAAAUUGAUUUGUCAAAAAAAAAUUGAAAGAAAAAUUUGAUAAUAAAUUAUAUGAAAAUUUUGAAACGUAUUUUUUUGUUUUUGAAAAAUUAGAAUUUUUUGAGCCGAAUCUGACUCAAAAAUCGCUUUUUUUGUUAGCUGAAAAACAAUUUGGCCGAAAAUAAGCAAUUUUGAGCUUAAAGUCCAUCAAAAGUGUGGAUUUUCAAGUUUUUAUUAAAACUGGAAAUUUUUUUUUAUAAAAACUUGAAAAUCCACAUUUUUUCUAUAAAUAGAUGUUUUCUGAAAAAGUCUUUGAAAUACAAUUAAAAUUCAAAAUUAAAAAAAUAUUCUUAUAUAUUUUUGUUUAAAAUCAAUAUUUUUCUCCAAAUCGCAUUUCAUUUUCCUAGCUCGCAACUGAUUGGUUGAUGAAUCAUUUGGAUGAUCCAACUUUGAACGAAGCCUAUCGACCACCUUCCGAUUCCACUUCUUCCGGUCCCUCCGAAGCCGAUAUCGCAACUUUUGUCGAAUUUGGAUUCUCAAAACAUCAAGCGAGAUAUGCAUUGAGCCAGAAGUCGAAUGUUCAAGAAGCUAUGGAUUGGCUUUUCAAUAAUUUGGAUAAUGUGAGGAGUUUCAUCAGUUUUUUUGUACUCUGAAAAUUCGAGAUUAUUGCAGGUUCCACCAGAGUCUUCAUUGCCACAAACUUCUUCCAGUUUCUUCGACCAAAAAACCAAGAGAAUAUGUUGAUGGAGAGGGAAGUUAUGAAUUGAUUGGAAUGAUUUCACACAUGGGUUCUCGACCGGAUUCCGGACAUUAUGUUGCUCAUAUGCUCAAAAAUCAAAAAUGGGUUAGUUUUUAUUGACUUCAUUUUCUCAUUAUCCAAAUUUUUCUAGGUUCUUUUCAAUGACGAAAAAGUUGCAUUAUCUCAAGAUCCACCAAAGAAACUUGCAUAUGUUUAUUUGUAUAAACGAGUAUAA